CGAUAGUGCAGCUUCUUUCUUCGUGGUGAUCAUCGAUCGAGAGUGAGUGUCGGUGAAAGAUAAACAUCGGCGUAAAGGAAACAACGACCGCGAGACACAUUAGGAUCGUAGAGUUUCGAUGGAUUGCACACUUCACAGUAUCCAGGACAACUGAUAUGGUCAUAUAAAUGUCGCUUAAAAAGGCUUUCGAUGGUGGAUAUAGAUCUAAAAAUCUCCACCAUGUGGAGUCGAUGGAAGGCAUCGAUUCUACUGUUCACGGCCUGCUGUUGGAUCGCUGAGCGGGCCCCGGCGGUGGCGGGAGUGGCGGCAGUGGGCGCGGCAUCGGCAGGCUCCGGCCAUAACCACUACAAGAUCAACCCGAACCCGUGCGCGGUGAACGGCAUCGAGGGCACGUGCAUGUUCGUCUGGGAAUGCAUCAAGUCCGAGGGUCAGCACGUGGGCAUGUGCAUGGAUCAGUUCAUGUUCGGGUCCUGCUGCUCGCACAACCUAACCGACAAUGUGAUACCGCAGAACACGCACAACUACCACCAGACGCUGACGUACCGGCCCAAGCCGUCCUCGACGGGUGGCAAGUACAAGCCUCCGAAGCCAAGCACUUUCGUUAGUAGCAACGGCUACACAACCAUCUAUCGACCGAACGGCAGUGGAACGCUGGUGAUACGACCGUCGCAUAAUUUCCACCAGCAGUCGAAUCUGCACCACACCUAUCACCAUAACAAGCCUAGCCAUGCUUCCACCAGCAGCAGCAACAACGGCAUUAGUAGUUCCAGUAGUGUUAGUAGCGGGGGUGGCUCCUUCGUCACCGGCAGCAAUCACUUUAGUCAAAAGCCAACAGAGGGCACUGUAAAUAAACAUUCUACCUUAUCGACCCCGGUCCAACAGCAGCAGUCGGGAGCGGACCAAGAGAUGGCGGCCAGCGUAGCGACCGGUAUCUUCACCACCCACUGGCAGGCCACGACGGAGCCGAGCUUCAUCACGCGGACGAAGCCCCCGAAGCCGAACAAACCGUCCAAGAAGCCGAUCCUGUCCAUCUCGAACAACAUUCAAAGCACCGCACUGAAACCAAAACCAUCGGCCAAGCCGACCAAGCAAAGUACCAGCACAAGCACAACCAGCACGACCACGACGACGACCACGACCACCACCACGACCACGACACCAAGGCCCACCACCACCACCACCCGAAGGACGACCACAACGUCGACCUCCACCUCCACCAGCACCACCGCGAGGCCGACCAGCACGGACGCCGCCAGCAGCUCAACAGGUCCCCCGGCACCCGUGUCACCAUCUGUGAUUGACGUCGAUGAAGUAUCGCCGUCCUUAGCGUCCUACACGACGGCCCCGGGACGGUACACCAUUUCCGCAGCAAGAAACGCUGAGUGCGGCAUUCAAACGAUGGGCCGACCGGAAACGAGAAUAGUGGGCGGCAAGAACGCUCCCUUCGGGCGCUGGCCCUGGCAGGUGUCGGUGCGCCGGACGUCCUUUUUCGGCUUCUCGAGUACCCACCGGUGCGGCGGAGCUGUCAUAAAUGACAACUGGAUAGCGACGGCCGGGCACUGCGUCGACGACCUGCUGACGUCACAGAUCCGGAUACGGGUGGGCGAGUACGACUUUUCCCACGUGCAGGAGCAGCUGCCGUACAUCGAGCGGGGCGUCGCGCGCAAGGUGGUCCACCCGAAGUACAACUUCUUCACGUACGAGUUCGACCUGGCGCUGGUGAAGCUGGAGCAGCCGCUCGUCUUUGCGCCCCACAUCAGCCCCAUCUGCCUGCCGGCGACGGACGAUCUGCUGAUCGGGGAGAACGCCACCGUCACCGGCUGGGGACGGCUCAGCGAGGGAGGCACGCUGCCGUCGGUGCUGCAGGAGGUGUCCGUGCCGAUAGUGAGCAACGACCGGUGCAAAUCGAUGUUCCUGCGCGCCGGUCGGCACGAGUUUAUUCCGGACAUUUUCCUAUGCGCCGGCCACGAGACGGGCGGUCAGGACUCGUGCCAGGGUGAUUCCGGUGGACCGCUGCAGGUCAAGGGAAAGGAUGGGCACUAUUUCCUCGCCGGUAUCAUCUCGUGGGGCAUCGGUUGUGCGGAGGCGAACCUGCCCGGUGUGUGCACGCGAAUAUCAAAGUUUGUACCGUGGAUCAUGGAGACCGUUCUGUGAUAAUCUUGUGAGCGCAGUGGCAAAGAUCGAAGGAAAAGUUGCGUCCAGCGAUGAAAUGGCGAGUGCUUACGGCGCCAACAUCGACGCAUGACGAUAAACAGCGGGUACUGCCUUUUACUAUAAUCAUGCAAGCAAUACUUUAACGUGCAACAGAACACGGGAAGGUAAACUUUACAGACG